GUCGAAAAUUCAUUUUCGAUUAGCACUUCUGCAAUAAUUCUUGAUCAAGUUUUCCAUCGGUUGUAUCUUCAUCAAUUUUCAUACGAAAAAAAUAUAUAAUUUAAUCAAAAAAAGUGUCGCCAGUGACAAGUUUAACACUUAACCACGUGUAUUAUUCGAUGAUAACUUACGAUUUCAAUUAGUCGACAUUAAAGACGAAUAAUUAUUAUGAACAUUUUUGUGCUAACAAUUGGUUUGAUGUUACUUGUUCAAUUGUCGGCAUGUACGUUGUCUCCGCCGAAGGGAAAAAGUAAUAGGAAAAGUAAAGGAAAAAUCGAGAGUAAGAAAGACUUCACGGAUCAGGACGUUUUCACACGAUUUUUGGUGGUUAAAAAUCCUAAACCACACGAUAUUAUUCGUGAAUCAGGACUCUAUUUUUCCAAUACUACUCGCAGACGAUUUACCGGAGACGUUUUAGGAUACAUCACACCGUGGAAUAACAAUGGACUCGAUGUUUCCAAAAUAUUUCAUGGAAAAUUCACCAUGGUAUCACCGGUCUGGUUGACACUUCCAAGUGGCAACAGUAAAUCGUACGACAUGUCAACUCAUGAUAUAAACAGAAAAUGGCUAAAAGAUAUGAGAUUGGAAAACAAUGAUAGCCAUUAUGUAAAAAUUUUACCAAGAGUAUUGUUCGAAAAUUGGUCAGUUAAUGAUAUAGUUGGAUUAUAUGGUGAAACGCAUAAACAGCUUGCACUAAUUUCUACACUUAUAGAUACAGCUAAGACUUUUAAUUUCGAUGGAUACGUUUUCGAAAUGUGGAACCAGUUUGUAUUUUCGGGUGCAGAUACCCAGAUUAUUGUGUCGGUGAUUCAGUUUGUAGCUGAAAAGUUGAAAAAUAACGAUUUGGAUGUAAUUCUAGCAAUACCACCAUCAAGAGGCCCGAAGGUUCAGUUAUUUACUCGAGAUCACUUUGACCAGUUGUCGCCGUAUUUAAAAGCUUUUUCUUUAAUGACUUACGAUUAUUCGAGUAUUCAACGUCCUGGGCCUAAUAGUCCCUUGGAUUGGGCAAGAGAAUGCGUAGAGAUAUUAGUACCCGAAAAAGGCCCUAAACGGUCCCAGAUAUUGCUAGGUCUUAAUUUCUAUGGAUACAACUACACUCCUCAAGGUGGCGGAGCCAUUCUAGGUUCUGACUAUUUGAAAAUUCUCGAAUCCUUUAAAGGGAAAAUUCAGUGGGACGAUAACAGCAAAGAACACUUUUUUGAGUCAAAAUCAUCAGGGGGCAAUGGAUAUGUUUUUUAUCCAACGUUAUAUUCUAUUCUGCAUCGACUGGAUCUUGCAGCAGAAUUAGGUACAGGCAUAUCUAUUUGGGAGCUUGGUCAGGGAUUGAAUUACUUUUACGAUUUAUUAUAAUUAUUUUUAUAAAUAUUAUAAAUAUAUACAUGAAAAAUAUAAAA